AUGGUGCUCAGGACCUGGCACACAUCUCCCAGACUUGGUUAUCCCAAUGGCUGCAACACACCGAAUUCUUUUGAUCUGUUCGAGUACACGUCCGGACGAUGGAUCUACAACAAUUACCUGAGACAUCGCGAGAGGAGACGAGUCUUCAACCCAGAAGACAGCGUGGUUGGAUUCGAGAAGCUCGCCGAGGGAGGCUUCAAUCGAAGUUUUUUGGUCACCAUGAGGGAUGACUUCCGCUUCUUGGCCCGCAUUCCGUACCUAUUCGCUCAGCCCCGAUCUCUGGUUGUUGCAAGCGAAGCAGCAACACUGGACUAUCUUCGUCACCACGGUCUACCAGUUCCCAAGGUGUUUGGAUAUUCUCCUGAUGCAGAAAACCCUGCCGGGACUGAAUAUAUAUUCAUGGAAUUAAUGCAGGGGACAAACUUAGGCGACGUAUGGUUCGAUUUGUCCGAGCAGCAGAGAACAAAAGUUGUGGCGAACAUAGUCGAGCUAGAGUCCCGCCUAUUCGCUUUACGAUUCCCAGCAAGUGGCAGUCUCUAUUACCCUGCACUUGCCGAUGGAAGUCGCUUGUGCAUUGGCCCUGAUAUUUCUCUGCGGUUGUGGUACGGGAGAAGGAUGAACCUCCCGGUGGGCCGGGGACCAUCUGGUGUCAGGAAGGAGAUCGCGUACCUCCAUAAAUUCGGACGUCCUCUUCAACCUCUACAGCGUCUUCGCAGAAAGGUGUACAACUAUCAAGCACAACCUCAUCUCGACCACAUUCGGAAUCUCGAGGGUUAUAUUCAUAUUGCACCUCAGCUCAUUCCGCAUGGUAGCCCCCGCCUUCUUCGUCCUAUUCUGCGGCAUCCUGAUCUGCAGCCUAACAAUAUACUCAUCUCUAAUAACCUAGAGAUCACUGAGUUAAUUGACUGGCAGCACAGCACUAUCCUGCCACUUUUCUUACAGUGUGAGAUUCCAGGGAGUCUCCAGAAUGAUGGAGAUGAGGUAUCAGAGUCACUGCAGAAGCCUAGUCUCCCAGUUGAUUUCGAUGACUUGCAUGAGAGAGAACAAUUUAUGCAAGCGGAGAUUUUUCGCAGGCGUCAGCUUCACUAUCUGUAUGUCAAGUUCACCGCAGAGAAGAACCCCAAGCAUUAUGACGCCAUGGCUCUCGAUUUUAGCACAAUCCGGCAGCGCCUCUUUCAUCACGCGAGCGAUCCGUGGGAGGGUGACAACUUGACGUUGAAGGCCGAUCUGGUCACGUUGUCGAGGGACUGGACGAACAUUACCGGUUCUGAUGCAACACAGUGCCCGCUCACGUACUCCGAAAAAGAGGCAAGCGAGUGCAUGCGACUGGCACGCAUGCAAGCUGAAGCAGAUGACCAAUUGCAAAGUUGCCAAGAUCCCAUUGGAGUCGGACCUGAGGGGUGGGUACCGGUCGCCCAGUAUGAACAAGCGAAGGCAGCAGAGAGGAAGCUGAAGACGGACGCGCUUGAGGCAGCUGAAACGGAUGGGGAAAGGACACAGUUGGAUGAGAAUUGGAUCUUUGAUGACUUCUGCGAGGACGAGUAUAUGUGA